CGAACCCUUCACCUUGGUAGGAGGACGCGCGCCGCCACGCCACUCCGUCGUUGCCGGAUUGCCGUCCCCGCCCCGCGAGCUCCCGGACUUCUGCGCCACUGAUGCUCGCCGCCUGCGCCCGGAGGCUGUCGCAGCGAGCCGUCACGUUCCUUCCCCGCGCGCGCUCCCAAAUCCUAAACCCUCCCCCCAUGGCCGCCGCCGCCAGGGCCGGCGCCACCUCGCCCAAGCGUCUGAGGGUCUACUCGUCAGCCGCCGCCACCGCCGGCGUCGACUACUCCAACGGAGCGGGAAGCGGCAAGCGCGUGGGGACCCACAACGGCAGCUUCCACUGCGACGAGGCGCUCGGCUGCUUCCUCAUCCGCCUCACCUCCCAGUUCGCAGGCGCCGACGUCGUCCGCACCCGCGAUUCCCAGAUCCUCGAUUCGCUGGAGGCCGUGCUUGAUGUCGGUGGUGUCUAUGAUCCCAGCCGGCAUCGCUAUGAUCAUCACCAGAAGGGCUUCAACGAGGUCUUUGGACAUGGAUUUAACACGAAACUUAGCAGUGCUGGGCUUGUUUACAAGCAUUUUGGCAAGGAGAUAAUUGCAAAGGAGCUUCAGCUUAAUGAGGACCAUGAAGAUGUUCACCGGGUAUAUCUUGCCAUAUACAAAAACUUUGUUGAGGCACUUGAUGCAAUUGAUAAUGGAAUCAAUCAGUAUGACACGGAGCAACCCCCCAAGUAUGUGAACAAUACACACUUGUCUUCACGUGUUGGGCGUCUUAAUCCGGACUGGACUGAUCCAGAUCAAUCACCUGAGAAGGAAAAUGCUGCGUUUCAACAGGCAAUGGUGCUUGCAGGAAGUGAAUUUAUGGAGAGUGUUCGCUUUCAUGUCAAGUCAUGGCUACCUGCAAGAUCUAUUGUCAUGGAGUGUUUGCUGUCAAGAGGAAGUGUUGAUCCAAGUGGAGAAAUCAUGGUUUUAGAUAGAUUCUGCCCGUGGAAACUUCAUUUAUUUGAGCUAGAGCAGGAGCUGAAGAUUAAUCCUCUGACUAAGUAUGUUCUGUAUCAGGACGAGCGGAGCAAAAGCUGGCGAGUGCAAGCCGUCUCUGUUGCUCCCGACAGAUUCGAGAGCCGGAAGGCUCUUCCAGAAAAGUUGAGGGGCAUGAGGGACGAUGAUCUGUCGAAGGAAACUGGCAUCCCUGGCUGUGUGUUUAUUCACAUGAGCGGCUUCAUUGGUGGGAAUAAGACCUACGAGGGAGCGUUGGAAAUGGCAAGAGCUGCCCUCAAAUGCUAAUUUCAACCGAAGCACCAAGCAGCAAAACUGUCUCACCCAUGUUAUGAUUGAGUUGCAAAAAGAGUGCUGCACCGACCAGUUUUACCAUUGACUUGUUAGCGUUGAGUAUGUAUGUUCCAUGGCGUAAAUCAUCCACGUAGCAGGGAUUAAUAUAUCUACUAGUACAUGGAACUGAACAAGAAUAGGUAGACUUGAUUAAAGAUGUUAAAAAUCAUUAAUUUGUGGUCCUUUGGUAGUUUUAUUAUUUUUGCAAA